AUGCAUUUCUCCACCCUUGCGAUCUCACUGGGGUUGAAUGUGCUGUCCUGGGCAGCACCCAUUUCAUCCGUAGACCCAGCGAUUCAAAGUCGGGAUCUCCGAGGGAAGAAUCUCCGAAUUCUGCCUUUGGGAGACAGUAUAACCCACGGAUUCGGUAGUUCCGAUCAAAAUGGCUGGCGCGAUGAUUUGCUCAGCAGCUUAAAAGCCAUCGGAGCCACAACUGCCUUUGUUGGAACUCAACGAUCGGGUAGCAUGGUCGAUAACCUCAGCGAAGGAUACCCUGGAGCAACCAUUGAUCAAAUCUCUGGCCAUCUGACCACGACGCAUACGCGGUUUACUGGUAGCAGUGCUCCGAWUGUCAUUCUCUUGCACGCCGGCACGAAUGAUGCAAAUGGGAAUAUCGAUGUGGCGAACGCUAGUAAGCGGGUUUCGAAACUCGUUGAUCAAGUACGGGGAUAUUGGCCGGGAGCUGCUGUUGUCGUUGCGCAGAUGGUGGGAUCUACGAGUGCGAGAACGCAGAGCGCUAUUGAUGUUGUUAAUGCGGGGAUCAAAGCGGAUGUGUCUAAGCGUGUGAGCGCUGGACAGCAUGUUCAAAUUGCUGAUAUGUCUAGGAUACUCACGUCGGGUACGUUCUUUGAUUACCUGCAUCCGAAUGAUGCCGGGUAUAAGCUUAUGUCGAAUGUGUGGUUGGAGGCUUUGAAGAAGACUGAGGCUGCUGGGUGGAUCUAG